AUGCAUUUUCAAGUAGUGCUGCCUUCUCAGGGAGUACUGCCUUUGCAACGAGUGCUGCCUCCCAAUGAGUGCUGCCUCCCAAUGAGUUCUGCCUUCGCAAGGAGUGCUGCCUUCGCAAGGAGUGCUGCCUUCGCAAGGAGUGCUGCCUUCGCAAGGAGUGCAGCCUUCGCAAUGAGAGCUGCCUUUGCAGGGAGUGCUGCCUUCGCAACGGCUGGUGCCUUUGCAAGGUGUGCUGCCUUUGCAAGGAGUGCUGCCUUCGCUAGGAGUGCUGCCCUUCUAAGGAGAGCUGGCUUCGCAAGGAGUGCUGCCAUCGUUAGGAGUGCUGCUUUCGCAAGGAGGGCUGACUUUGCAGGGAGUGCUGCCUUUGCAGGGAGUGCUGCCUUCGCAAGGAGUGCUGCCUUCACAAGGAGUGCUGCCUUCGCAGGGAGUGCUGCAUCCACAAGGAGUGCUGCCUUCGCAAGCAGUGCCGCCUUAGCAAAGAGUGCUGCCUUUGCAAGGAGCGCUGCCAUCGCAAGGACUGUUGCCUUCGCUAGGAGUGCUGCCUUCGCAAGGAGUGCUGCCUUCACAAGGAGUCCUGCCUUCGCAGGGAGUGCUGCCUUCGCAAGGAGUGCUGCCUUCGCAAAAAGUGCUGCCUUCGCAAGGAGUGCUGCCUUCCCAAGGAGUGCUGCCUUCCCAAGGAGUGCUGCCUUCCCAAGGAGUGCUGCCUUCCCAAGGAGUGCUGCCUUCCCAAGGAGUACUGCCAUCGCAAGGAGUGCUGCCUUUGCAAGGAGUGCUGCCUUCGCAAGGAGUGCUGCCUUCGCAAGGAGUGCUGUCUUCGCAAGGAGUGCUGCCUUUGCAAGGAGUGCUGCGUUCAGAAUGAGUGGUGCCUCCGCAAGGGGUGCUGCCUUCGCAAGGAGUGCUGCCUUUGCAAGGAGUACUGCCUUCGCAAAGUGUGCUGCCUUCGCUAGGAGUGUUGCCCUCGCAAAGAGGGCUGCUUUCGCAAGGAGGGCUGCCUUCGCAGGGAGUGCUGCCUUCACUAGGAAGGCUGUCUUCGCAAGGAGGGCUGCCUUCGAGAGGAGGGCUGCCUUCGCAGGGAGUGCUGCCUUCGCAAGGGGGAGUGCUGCCUUUGCACAGAGUGCUGCCUCCGCCAGGAGUGCUGCCUUUGCAUGGACUGUUGCCUUCGCAAGGUGUGCUGCCUUCGCAAGGAGUGCUGCCUUUGCAAGGAUUGCUCCCUUCGCAACGAGGGCUGCCUUUGUAGGGAGUGCUGUCUUCCUAAGGGGUUUUGCCUUCGCCAGGAGUGCUGCCUUUGCAAGGAGUUCUGCCUUCGCAAGGAGUGCUGCCUUCGCAAGGAGUGCUGCCUUUGCACAGAGCGCUGCCUUUGCAGGGAGUGCUGCCUUUGCACAGAGUGCUGCCUCCGCCAGGAGUGCUGCCUUUGCAUGGACUGUUGCCUUCGCAAGGAGUGCUGCCUUCGCAAGGAGUGCUGCCUUUGCAAGGAUUGCUGCCUUCGCUAGGAGUGCUGCCUUCGCUAGGAGUGCUGCCUUCGCUAGGAGUGCUGCCUUCGCUAGGAGUGCUGCCUUUGCUAGGAGUGCUGCCUUCGCAGGGAUUGCUGCCUACGCAGGGAGUGCUGCCUACACAAGGAGAGCUGCCAUCACAAGGAGUGCUGCCUUCGCAAGGAGUGCUGCCUUCGCAAGGAGUGCUGCUUUCGCACGGAGUGCAGCCUUUGCACAUAGUGCUGCCUUCACACGGAAUGCUUCCUUUGACAGAGUGCUGCCUUCGCAAGGAGGGCUGCCUUCGCAGGGAGAGCUGCCUACGCAGGGAGUGCUGCCUUCGCAAGGAGUGCUGCCUUUGCAAGGAGUGCUGCCUUCGCAAGGAGUGCUGCCUUCGCAAGGAGUGCUGCCUUCGCAAGGAGCGCUGCCUUCGCAAGGAGUGCUAACUUCGCACGGAGUGCAGCCUUCGCACAGAUAG